AUACUGGUUUUGGCAGUACACAGACCACCGGUUUUGGAACGUCGGCAUUCGGAACAAACAACAGUGGCGGCUUGUUUGGAAACACGCAAAAUAAACCCGGUGGACUCUUUGGUACCGGCACAUUCAGCCAGCCAGCCGCCUCCUCCACCAGCUCGGCGUUCGGUUUCGGAGCAGCGGCCGGUACAACAAACGCCUUGUUCGGAUCGACGAAUACCGGAGGAGCAGCAGGGGGAGGGGGAGGUCUCUUCUCAUCCCAGAACAAUGCCUUUGGACAGACAAAGCCUUCGACUUUUGGCACAUUUGGGACGAGCACAAGCAGUGGAGGACUCUUCGGGAACACGAAUACCACCGCCAACCCCUUUGGUGCCACCGCCAGUAACCUGUUUGGAGGCUCCACGUUUGCUGCAGCUCCCUCUGGAACGACCAUCAAAUUCAAUCCUCCAUCGGGGACGGACACCAUGGCCAAGGGCGGAGUCACCACCAACAUCAACACCAAACAUCAAUGUAUAACGGCCAUGAAGGAGUACGAGAGCAAGUGCCUGGAGGAGCUGCGUCUGGAAGAUUACCAGUCCAAUAGAAAGGGGCCCCAAAAUCCCGUGGGAGCGGCCACAGCCGCCGGUUUGUUUGGCGCCCCAACUGCUGCUGCCAGCGCAACCACGGGCCUAUUCGGGUCCACGCCGGCCAGCAACACCUUCUCCUUCGGAAAUAAGAAUGCCUUCGGACAGAGCACCGGCACAUUUGGAGCCAACACCGGAGGUCUCUUUGGCCAGACUGCCGCUCAGCCGGCCACCAGCCUGUUCAACAACAAGCCAUUUGGAACGGCAACUACAACCCCCAACACGGCCUUCUCCUUUGGAAGCGCCAACACGUUGGGUCAGCCUCAGGCCAGCACCAUGGGUCUGUUUGGCAGCACGCAGGCUACGCAGGCCGCAGGCUUAUUUGGCGGCACCGCCACCAACACCAAUGCCGCCUCAGCCUUUGGCACUGGAACCAGUUUGUUUGGACAGACGACCACCACUCCGUUUGGGGGUGUUGGGGGCAGCUUGUUCAACAACAACAAACCUGCUGCUUUUGGGACGGCAACGACCAGCGCCCCGGCUUUUGGCACAGCCACUGGCGGCCUGUUUGGGGGAUUCGGGUCCGGCACCGCAGGGACCGGCCUUUUUGGCAAUAAGAACGCACCUGGGACACUCGGGGCAGGAUUGGGCACGGCAUUCGGACCCGCUCUGAACACCGGGCAGACCUCAAUAUUCGGAGGCAACCAGGCAAAAAUGGGCACACUCGGCACCGGCACAUUCGGCACCGCUGGGUUUAACACGGCCGGGGGCGGCUUGGGAUUCGGUGGUACUCAGGCCCCUGUCGCUCUGAGUGACCCCAAUGCAGCGGCUGCCCAGCAAUUGGCUCUCCAGCAGCAAAUCAAUGCCCUGGCCUACUCUCCAUACGGGGACUCCCCUCUCUUCAGAAACCUCAUAGAUGACCCCAAGAAGAAGGAGGAGCGUCUGAAGCCGACCAAUCCCGCGGCUCAGAAGGCGCUCGCCACCCCGACGCAUUACAAGCUGACCCCGCGUCCUGCCGCCAGGGUGCGCCCCAAAGCCCUCCACGCGGCCGGGACCGCCAAGUCGCAGCUCUUCGAUGGAUUGGAUGACGACGAACCUCUGAUGACGGGAGGAGCUUUCAUGCCCAAGUACCGACGUUCUGUGGCCCCUGCCAGAUCGGUUAUACCAGGGGCCAAUCGUCCACCCGUCCCGGCUUCUGGAGCCCCGGCUCUGAGAGGCAUUGUGGAGUCUCUACCUCCCUCAUCAUCGUGCGUGGAACGCAUCUGGUUGCUGGGCCUCGUUCCGUUCGUUCUUCAGUCGGGGUCCAGUGACAACCACGGAGGAGUGGAGGAAGAUCAGGAUGAGGAGGUGUCCACCUUCUACCCGUCUCCAUUAUCCAAGCCUCUGCCCUCCAGCCAGGACAAGCACCUGGACAGCAUGGACGACACCAUCGUGGCCCUGAACAUGCGGCCGGGCGUGAGGAGCGGGCUGGACCUCGGCGUGGAUGAGAACUCCCGCAAUGAAGAUCCCCCCCUUCCAGGGGCAGCCGAGGUGACGCUGAAUGAAGUUUGGCCGAUCAAUAAGACGACUCGAGAGCUGAUCAAGAGCCCCGAGCAGUUGUCUGAGAUGAACUACAAAAGCAAGCUGGAGGCCGCUUCCCGCAAGCAGGGGGCCCAGUUCAAGGAGUACCGUCCCGAGACCGGAUCCUGGGUCUUCCGGGUGAAGCAUUUCUCCAAGUACGGUCUGCAGGACUCGGACGAGGAAGAAGAAGGCUCCACCUCCACGGCAGAAAAUAAGAUCAAAUCUGCAGCUCUGCCGCCCCCCGGACAAGCACCGCCCCCAGCACCGGCCGCCCUGGAUGGAGGACUCACCCCUCCGCCACAGAGCACAAUGCUGGAGCUGCUGGGACAUGGACUGGAGCUGGACAGCGACAUGGCGGAUGUGACGCAGGAGCACUUCAAGGAAACUACGGUGGAGGAAAUGGAGAAUGCGGAGGAGCAGGAAACGGUGUCUGCCUCCAUGCACAUCGCCUCCGCCCUCGGUGUCAACCCCCAUGCCCUGCAGGUGAUGAAGGCGGCUCUUCAGAUUGAGGAAGAUGGCGGCGGUGAUCGCCUGACGCGUUUUUCCCAUUACCCGUCAUUACUGGAGACCUCCCAGGAAGUGCGCUCCCCGCGACUCCUCCACCCCUCCUCGCAGGCCCAGCGGACCUCCAGCGUGGGGGGUCUUCUGCAGUCCCGCUUCACGGGGUCCACAUUACUCAAGCAGAGCGAGUCCGGCCAAAGUCCCCGCCCCUCUCCGGGGGCCCCGUGGCCCGGCCUCGGCCUUCUGGCCCCUUCCUUCUUAAUGCCGGCUCCUGCUCCAGACGCGCAGCUGAAGACGGUGGGGACCCGGAGACAGCAAGGCCUGGUACCGUCAGGGAAGUCCGUGUGCUUUGGGCGUGGCAAAAUGCUGAUUGACAUGGGUCUGUUUAUGGGCCGCUCAUUCCGUGUUGGCUGGGGGCCCAAUUGGACCUUGUCUCACAGUGGCGGUAUCAUCACCGAGCCCGGCACCACCGAGAAGGCUGGAAGAAUGGAGAACAUGGACUACGGCUUCCUGCCCAAACCCGUCACCACCAAAUCGUUUGCGGAGUCCUCCUUUAAGGUUCACGUGCAGAAGCUGAGUUUGGAGGAGAAGGGGAGAGAUCUUCAUUCCUAUCUGAUACCAUUGGAGAUCGAGCUGAAGAACAGCACCGUGCAGCCCGAUCCGUGUCCCCUCCUCCUACCCAACCCCGGCGCUGCCUCCAUUCUUGAUUGGGUGUCUCUCUCCUGCACAGCGGUGGUGAAGCAGUGGUGCCUGACGUGGACCAUGUGCAGGGCAUUGUGGGGGCAGCUGCGGGACCUGGAGGCUAGCCUGGAUGAGACCAAUGAGUACGUGGAGAGAUUACAUCGGAGGAAGGCUUUCUCUCAUUGGUUGGCUGAGACGGCGGCCGAGCGAAUCGAGUCGGAGGUUGUCAUUCACCAGAAGGAACGUCCCAUUGAGGCCGUCUUCAGCUCCCUGACCGGCUGCUGCAUCAGUGAAGCGUGUCGGCUGGCGCAGAGAUCUGGUGACCAUCGGCUCUCCCUCAUGUUGUCGCAGUUGGUGGGAAAUCAGCAGCUUCAGGAACUGAUGACCGUUCAGCUGGAGGACUGGCAGACGCAGCAGGUGGACCGCUUCAUCCAGGAGGAGAGGCUGAAGGUCUACGUGCUGUUAUCUGGCACUGCCGUAUGGCAAUCAUCGGAUAAGAAGUCCAUCAAUGUUUGCUCACAGCUGGACUGGAAGCGUGCGUUGGCUGUGCACCUCUGGUACAUGCUCCCGCCCACUGCGUCUAUCGCCCAGGCGCUGCAAAAAUACGAGGACGCUUUCCAGGUGUCUGAUGAGGGUCAGUGCUAUGCGUCCUAUCCCCUCCCUUCAUAUCUGGAAGAUACGGACCUCACUAUGGACUCCGAAACCUUCUCCCCGUCCAUCCAGAGAGACGUCUGCUUCCACCUUCUCAAGCUCUACAGCGACAG